AUGGCUGGGUCGACAGGUGAGUGCGAGGGCGAGUGUGAUGGACAGGGCAAGGACUCUCCAAACUUCUCUCCCGCAGCAUGUCGACCAAAGCCCUGGCCAAAGGCACAGCAGGGAAGGGCUCAGCCCCUUGCAGCCCAAAGUAGUUUGAGGGCUGCUUUAGCUUCAGUCAAAGGAGAUACACCUCACCUGAUGCAGCUGUUAGUGGAGUGCUCCUCCGGUUUCUCAGUUCCUUUGUCUUCCAGGUACGAAACCAUCAACAUCAAUCUGCUGGACAAGCCCGACUGGUUCUUUGAAAAGAACCCCCUGGGCCUGGUGCCAGUGUUGGAGACCUCCAGCAACCAGCUGAUUUACGAGUCUCCCAUCACCUGUGAGUUUUUGGAUGAGAGUUAUCCCAAGAGACGACUGCUCCACGCCGACCCUUACGAGAAGGCCAGGCAGAAGAUGCUGUGGGAACAUUUCAGCAAGGUGAUAGGUUGCAUUUUCAAGAUUACCAUGGCCAGAAAAGCAUCAGAAGACACGUCCAAACUGGAAGAGGAGUUCCAGUCAAAGCUCGGCUACUUUGAACAGCAUUUGGCCGGAGCGAAGACUCGGUUCUUUGGCGGUGACUCGGUGACCAUGACCGACUACAUGCUGUGGCCCUGGUUCGAACGGCUAGACGCCCUCUCAGUGACCAAUUUCCUGGAUCUCAGCCCUGCCCUCGGGACCUGGACCCACGCUAUGCUGGAAGAUGCUGCCGUCAAAGCUACGAUCAAUGACACCCAAGCCUACAAACGCUUCCUUGAGCUGUACAUGCAGCGUAGGCCCGAGGCUUGUGACUGACCACGGGCUGUGGGACCAUUCGGAUUGCCCGUCUAGCUGGCUGGCCAGGUCCGUCCUUUCUGGGGUUAUAUUGAUGGGAGUGAUCAGGUGUAGGUUUAGGUUUAUUAUUGUCAGGUUUUAGUUUAAGUGAAACAGACCCUUUGGCCUGUCGAGUCCAAGCCAACCAUCGAUCACCCUGUUCACACUAGUUCUACGUUAUCCCACUUUCUCAUCCACUCCCAACACACUAGGGGCAAUUUACAGAGGGCCAAUAAACCUACAAACCCACACGUCUUUGAGAUGUGGGAGGAAACCAGAGCGCCCAUGUCACAGAGAGAACAUGCAACCUCCACACAGAUAGCACCUGAGGUCAGGAUUGAACAAGAGUCUCUGGUGCUGUGUACGUGCUCACUGUGCCACCCAUUGUUUUGUAUGCUAAAACAUAAUAGUUCCACAAAAAAGGGGCAAAUAAAUAAGUUGAGGAAAGGAGCAAAUAAAUUUCAAUUCAUUUCAUAGAAGAUUACAGGAACUAGCCUUCGGUCAAUGUGGUCCGUGAUAUUCUUCUAUGCUCUCUCCCACCUCCCUGUAAUAGGAACACUCGAACUGCACACAAUACUCCAAAAGCAGUCUAACCAAAUCUGUAUCAAACUGCAACAUGACUUCCUGAUUCUUGUACUCAACUGAGAAAGGAACUGAGAUUAAAGAGUUCCCUCUCCAAUAGGCUGUUAAAUUA